CGUCUUUGGUCCCUGGGCUACAGCCAUGGAGGGGCGCAGUUACCAAGCAACCCCCAAGCCGCAGGCGAAGAUUACCCAGAGCAGCCCGCGCCAGGCCCCGCCUUCCGCUUCCGGGUCAGAGGCACCCGGGCUCGGCGAACGCGCUGAGUGGGGGAGGGGAGGCUUUGCACGUGGGUUCAGCAGAAUGACAGUAAAUGAAGAGGGAAAGAGUGUUUGUGAGGAAACAACACAAAAAAAGAAAAAGAAAAAAGUGAAGAGCAUUGGGAGUCAAGCUGUCAUCAAAAUUGAAGACGACCUUCAAUCUGACACACAAGCAGAAACUAAGGUGAAGAAAAAGAAACGUGGAGCAGAAGAGGAUUCAGAUCAGUUAAAUCUUAGUAAAAAGAAAAAGAAAGUUGGCUCCAAAUUAAAGAGAGGAGCAUGUUCGGACAGUCCUGUGACAUUAGAAAGCAGUUCAGAGGCUGAGCCAGUAAAAGAAAUAAAGGAGGAAUUGAAAGUUUUCAAAAAGAAGUCGAAGAAAGGCCAAGGUCUUUCCUUGUUACCGUUGGAGAAUAAUCAGGACAGUGAUCAAUCCCUUCCAAAGAAAUACACAAUUCAUUCUCAGGAAAAUACAGUCACUGAUAAAAAACACAGAGAGAGCAUCUCCCAGGACUGUGAGGGAGACAGUGAAGUAACCAAGAAAAAGAAGAUAAAGAAAGAGAGAGACAUUUCUUCCUUACCAGUGAUAGAAAUUCUAGACAGUGAUCAUGACAUUUCUAAUAAAAACCUUAAAAAAAAAAAUAAAGCCACUUUACAGGAAAAAGCACUUGCUGGUAAAAAACACGGAAAGGAUAUUGCCCAGAACUCUGCAGGAGAGAGUGAUGUCAUGAAGAAAAAGAAUAAGAAGAAAAAGAAAGACAAACAUGACUCCUUACCACUGUCAGGUAAUCAGGACAACAAUCACGGUGUUUUUGAGGAGAACCUUUCAACCUGUGUCUUCAGAAAAAAUCAAGAAACCAAUUCCCAGGAAAACACAUUCAUAAGAAAAAAACUAAAAGAGAACAGUGUCCAGAACUCUGAAAGCGACAGAGAAGUAACCAAGAGGAAGAAAAAAAGCAAAGAUGUUUCUUCCUUAACAUGUGAGGAUAAUCAGGACCAAAGUUAUGGAAUUUCUAAUAAACACCUUCCAGGAAAACAAAAAGCCAAGUCCCAGGAAAAAGCACUCAUUGGUAAAAAACACAGAGAGUAUUCUGAAGAUGACAGUGAGGUAACCAGGAAGAAAAAGAAAAAGAUUCAGAAGGAAGAGGAGGAAGUAACUGAGCCUGUAAACCUUACAGUUGAAGAUGGGGAAAUAUCUGAAGGUGAAAAGAUGACACCAAUUAAAAGUAAUAGAAAGAACAAAAAAAAGAAACCCAAACCAACGGAAGACCUUGCAGUGGAUAAUAUAGAUGAGGGACUUGGUGAAAAUAAUGAUGUGCACUGUGACAAUAAGGGUAAGAAAAGAAAUAAACAGGGAUCGCUGAACUGUACCGAAGAGCCAAGAUUGAAAAAGAAAAAGGUCUUAGUAAAAACAGAAAAGGAGGCAAUGGAAUGUAAGGAUGAUGUAACAGUGGGAAAGGAAAGGAAAGGAAACUGCGAUGAAAUAAAUAUAGACAAGGAAUGUGAGGAUGAUGUAACAGUGGUAAAGGAAAGGAAAGGAAACUGCGAUGAAAUAAAUAUAGACAAGGUUAGACGACAAGCUCUGCAAGAAGAGAUUGAUAGAGAAUCUGGCAAAACGAAGGUUUUCUGAAACAAAGUGAAAUCUCAGGAUAUAAAGUUUGGCCAGUGGAGCACAGCUACUUUUGAAAGUUCAGACCAAAAAACAAAAUUCCUUAAACUGAUGGGUGGUUUUAAAAAGGGCUCUGCCUCAAGCCAGGAUCCACCAGGAACCACAGAAAAACCAAACAUGGCUCUGAACAGGAAAGGUGAGGAAACCUUAAAGCAGACUCUGCAAAUGGAGUUUGAGAAAGCGGUAAACUUGAAGCAACAUAGAGGAAUUGGCCUUGGAUUCCAGCCUAUUGCCAACAAAAAAGUGUACAUAGAUAAAUAUAUUUCUAAAUCUAUUAAAUUUGAGGACUAAACUUUAUUGCAGCAACGUGAGGGGGAUGAAAAACCAUUCAGACUUGGUUUCAUCCCAAGAAAAAAAUGUAGAAAGCAAGUUCAACACCCAGUUUGCCACUUAAGAGCACCAAGUGAUGACGUGACUAGAAAUCUCAGUGCACAUGGAACUAAGUUCUAACCACAGCUGAAUGACAAAUCCCAGUGUAUCUUGGAGGUCUGCCAGUAUGUUCUUUAGUAAUGGGGAGAAAAUCUCCUUCAGCAAAGGUUUGAGACUAGCAGCUGUAGCCUGUGGCUGUUUAAAUCUUGUAAAUAUUUAUUUAGACUUUUAGAAUGCAGAAUGUAUAAAACCCUUUUUAAUACAUUUUAGUGACUCAAGGGCAACAUAAUGGUUCCUUUGCAGUUUUACAGUCCGUCCAUGUAAAAUCCUCUCAUACAUUUUUUGGCUAGUGUGGUGCCAAAUUAUGGCCUUUUGCACUGGAAGAAACAUUAUAGGUAAGUCUAGAAUUUGAUCAACAGGCUACUUUGUUUGCAAAUCUCAUGGUUUUUUUUAAUGGUCUCAAUAGCUUUUUCCUUUUCAAAAAUGCCACAAGCCAAAUCAUUUUUAUUUCCCAAGCUCUCACGAGCAACAUUUUAUUUCAACAUCAAGAACCCAGUUAGUGACUAUCUAUAAGGUAAUUGUGCCGAUGAAUCUUGGUUAUAAUUUCUAUGCAUCAGUUAAGCAUGGCAAGACAUGGAUAGUAACUUUCAAUGAGUCACUGAGCUUACACUUAAUUUCUGCUUCUUCCUUGCUAACUAACAUUGUUCACUAUUUGCAUUAAUCUGGUUUGGUAGCUUCGCUUUAAGGGGCAAAUCCUGGUCCUAGUAAACUGGCAGAAUUCCCAGUGGCUAGUGUGUCCAAGACUAUUUCUCAGAACUGCACAACCCACAUGAAGGUCAAUCAUAGACCUGCAUGAAUGAAAUUCCUGUUUCUUAAGCGUUGGAUUAACUCCUACAUGUAAUGUUGCAUAGUCACAUUUUCACGGGCUGUGUACAAGAGAGCAUGAACUGUAGAAAUGCAACUGUAUAUUUAUUCAAUCUAUGCAUACUUGGAAUUCCAGAGAGCCUGAAUCAGUAAGGGGGGUGUUGUCUCCUUGAAACUCUGAAAAGCUGUGUGUAUGAACAGGUUUAAUAAAUACUUUCACUAAGUGUCCUGUCACUGGUUACGGGGAUGUGGCCACUUCCUGGGUCCAGCAUUUCCACAGCAGUAUGACUCAGUUUACAAGGUAAAAGGCAAAUUAUUUUCCCCAUUUACUUGCUGUUUUGCAGAUGCUCAGUUCUUUCUCAUUGCUCUCUGACAGGCAGGAUGACGUCCGUCCAGGUUUUCCCAUUUGCUAGGCCUACCUCCUCUGCUUUGCCAGCCAUUGCUCUGAAACAAGUGUUAGCCUGCUCUGCUGUACCCCCUCGAGAGGGCAAGUCUCUUGGCAAAGUCUCGUCUGUGUGUACAAAAAACCCCAGGGGUCAUCCAGUGGCUUUUUAGGUAACUCCUAUAAAGGGAGAUUAAAGCCACCCGAUGAGUAGGAAGCCCCCACUAAUCCACUCCAGUACCUCAGACAAGGAAAAGGGGGCAUGGUGACCUUUCUUCCCUCACUGAAAUGUUGAAUCCUUUCUUCUGAGGCUGCCUCAGGUCAAACUCCUCCCCUUGCUGCAUGGGUUACAGCCCUGGACUGCCUCAGGCAGAGCCUCUACCCCUCAUAUUGGAAUUCUCCCCCCUCCAGCCAAGGGAUUGGCUUGCCCAUCACAGCCCUGCAGUUGGCUUUAGCUCCUGCCUCGCUCUUCUCAGGCAGUAGAAGUUUCUCACUAAACAGAAACCUCAAGGUCUGUAGAAUGCUUCUGCUAGACCCACAUUCUAACUUUAACCUUCUCUGGCCAAGACAUGAAGAGUGCCAGCUGUGCUGCUGGAGAUGCCUUCCUUUGUUUUGCUCUGAGCAAGGCAAGGCAAGAGUCUUGGAGAAGCAGAGGAAGGAGUGGGAAAAAUCUUGGCUGGUGAUUUGGUCAGCAUAGGAGUGGAGGAGAGAAACCAACAUCUGCAUUGGGAGCCACAGCAAGGUUAGCCUGGGAUCUGAAAGUCAAACUGGCUUGACGCAGGUAGCACACCUCUACAACAAAGAUGCUGCAGGCUCUAUUACUCUUAAACCUGUGUCAUCAACUGAGGCCUUACUCUCAGGCAAGUAACCAAGAGUAUCAACUGAGGAGUUUCACAGGUUGCUUUGCCAUUGGAACAUAAUGAUGAGUCCAGUUCACUCUCCUCUACUUGGGCUGGUUCUGCAGAACAGCAGGAGCAUGGAGACCAUUUUUAGACACUUUCAAUAGAGUCACACUAUGCACCUUCCUUUCUCGUUUACUGAGUCUUGUUUCAGCAAGGGGUGUGUGUAGAAUUACUCCCCUCAGUGCUUUUCAGACUUGUAUAUUAAAGAAGAGGGCAGGAUCUGAACAUUGAUAGCCUUGUUCUGUGAGGAGCCCUACUUUGGCCCCUGUGCUAGCUAUAUGUAACAUGCACAUUCCUGUGUCUUUCCUUUGCAUUUAGCAGCUGUAAUGUUUAAGAUAUUUGUAUAUAUUUAUAAUGAAAACAUUUUAUUCUUUGUACCUAAACUUCAUUUUACUGUAGCUUUGAAAUUAAGCAAUGGUUUUUAAUGAGA